AUGGCCAAAACCAAACAGUCCAAAGCCCCCGCCCAACCGCCAUCAACAGCCCCAGCAGCUCCAGCCACCCCAACGGCGACCCCCUCCUGGCCGGCGUUCAAACCCCCUCUACCCGUGGUAGACCUCACGCUCGAGUCUCUAGUGAAGGACAAAGUGGUCGUUUUCCGAUCCUUUUUCCCACGUUCCCUAUGCAGGGACUACGUAACUUUUCUCCGGGGCCUGCCCCUCACCACAACCCCCGGCAAGCCCAAGCGCGGCGAGGCCGUGAGGGUGAACGACCGCUUUCAGAUCGACGAUCCCAAGUUUGCGCACAGGUUAUGGACCGAGACGGGGUUGAAGGAGGCGCUUUUGAGUGAAGAGUUUAAGCGGUUGUGGAACGGGGAGGUCCUCGGCCUCAACCCCAACAUCCGCAUCUACCGCUACACUCCCGGCCAGUUCUUUGACGCUCACUACGACGACUCCAACAACGUCUCCCUCAAACCCGAAACCGGCACCUCCCCCAUCCCAGCCCGCACAACCUGGACUCUCCUCCUGUACCUAACCUCUGCCGCCGACGGCUGCACCGGUGGCGAAACAGUCUUCUACCCCCACGACCGACGCACCGCCAAAGAAGAAAUUGCCGUCACCCUCGAGACAGGCAUGUUAUUGCUGCAUAAGCAUGGGCACGAUUGUAUGCUGCAUGAGGGAAGGGAGGUUACGGGUGGGGAGAAGUGGGUUAUUAGGACGGAUUUGUGUGUUAAGAGGUAG